AAAUUAUAGAUGUUUCCAGAUGAAGGAGAACAAAUAACACAAGCCAUGGAAGAGAUGCUAAAGGAUUUUGACAAAGGCCCGCAAGAAAGUAUUUCUGAUUCUGUGGAUUUGAGUGGUAGUUGCCAACAAUAUUUUGAAGAGGUUUCUGGCAACCAAUGCUCUAUGCAUCUUCCACUUGAUCCUCCCACCACAGAAAUUUCACUGCAGACAUCUCAUUCUCCCACUGUACCUUCAGAAGAAGAUAGUGUAUUAUUCAACAAACUGUUAUACCUUGGAUGUAUGAAAGUUUCUGCUCCCCGCAAUGAAGCAGAGGCCUUGUGUGCCAUGGCAUCAUUGAAAAACUCAAGUCAUUCACCAUCUCCUGUAACUCUCUAUGUACCAAAUAUUCCAGAUGGUUCUGUUAGAAUAAUAGAUCAGUCCAGCAGUACAGAAAUUGCUUCUUUCCCAAUCUACAAAGUGUUGUUCUGUGUCCGUGGGCAAAAUGGGACUUUGGAAUGUGACUGCUUUGCGUUUACUGAGAAUUACUCUGGCACUGAUGAGUUUCAAAUUCAUGUCUUCUCUUGUGAAAUUAAAGAGGCAGUCAGCCGAAUUUUGUAUAGUUUCUUAACAGCAUUCAAACGUUCCUCCAAACAAGCAUCAGAUAAUGUGAAGGAUGCUAUUGUUUCAAGUCCUGACAGUGAUAUAUUCAUGUUCACUGUUUCUUUAGAGGUCAAAGAAGAUGAUGGUAAAGGAAAUUACAGUCCAGUACCAAAAGAUAGAGAAAAAUUUUACUUCAAACUAAAGCAAGGCCUUGAGAAGAAGGUUGUGAUCACUAUACAGCAGAUUUCCAACAAAGAAUUAGCCAUUGAAAGGUGCUUCGGGAUGCUGCUAAGUCCAGGUCGAAAUGUCAAAAACAGUGACAUGCACUUACUGGAUAUGGAGUCCAUGGGAAAAAGCUCUGAUGGUAAAGCUUACGUAAUAACUGGUCUUUGGAAUCCUAAUAUGCCUAUCUUUUUAGUCUUAAAUGAAGAAACUCCUAAGGAUAAGCGUGUAUACAUGACUGUGGCAGUAGAUAUGGUAGUCACAGAAGUGGUGGAGCCUGUUCGUUUUCUGUUAGAGACACUUGUGCGUGUAUAUCCAGCCAAUGAACGCUUCUGGUACUUCAGCAGGAAAACUUACACAAAAACAUUCUAUAUGAAAUUAAAACAGUGUGAAGGGAAAGGCAGUACAAAUGCUGGAGAUGCAAUCUAUGAAGUCGUGAGUCUACAUCGCAGUUCCGAAAGAGAGGAAGAAGCAAUUAGUCCACUAAGCUUUGCUGAUCAAAUUUCUUCACAAGAGGAUGAUGCUGAAGAGGGGAGUGAUAAUGAACUCUCAAGUGGUACCGGUGAUGUAUCAAAAGAUUGCCCAGAGAAGAUCUUGUAUUCUUGGGGAGAGCUGUUGGGACGAUGGCAUAAUAAUCUUGACAUGCGACCAAAAGGUCUAUCUGCAUUGGUGAAAAGGGGUGUUCCAGAGGCUUUGAGAGCUGAGGUGUGGCAGUUACUAGCAGGCUGCCAUGAUAAUCAGGCGAUGUUGGAUAAAUACAGAAUUCUUAUCACAAAGGAAUCUUCCCAGGAGAGUGUCAUUACACGAGAUAUUCAUCGUACAUUUCCAGCACAUGAAUAUUUUAAAGAUGCUGGAGGAGAUGGACAGGAUUCUCUAUAUAAGAUUUGUAAGGCAUAUUCAGUGUAUGAUGAAGAAAUUGGUUAUUGUCAGGGUCAUUCCUUUCUUGCUGCUGUUCUUCUGCUGCAUAUGCCUGAAGAACAAGCUUUUUGUGUCCUAGUGAAGAUCAUGUAUGACUAUGGCCUACGGGACCUCUAUAAAAACAAUUUGGAAGGUUUGCGAAGAAAAUUUUACCAGCUGGAGAAACUUACACAGGAGCAGCUGCCUGAUUUGUAUAACCAUUUUGUGGAACAGAAUCUUGAAGCUCAUAUGUAUGCCUCCCAGUGGUUUCUCACUCUCUUCACUGCCAAGUUUCCACUUUGUAUGGUCUUCCACAUAAUUGAUUUACUGCUUUGUGAGGGUCUGAAUGUAAUCUUUAAUGUAGCCCUGGCUCUCUUAAAGACUUCCAAAGAGGAUCUUCUGCAAGCUGACUUUGAAGGGGCUUUAAAGUUCUUUAGGGUACAGCUGCCUAAAAGGUACAGGGCUGAAGAAAAUGCUAGAAGGCUUAUGGAACAGGCCUGCAAUGUGAAGGUGCCUACAAAGAAGCUGAAGAAAUAUGAGAAAGAAUAUCAAAUGAUGCGGGAGAAUCAGCUGCAGCAGGAAGACCCUUUGGAUCGAUAUAAGAGGGAGAACCGCAGGCUUCAGGAAGCCAGCAUGCGACUUGAGCAAGAGAAUGAUGACCUCGCUCAUGAACUUGUAACAAGUAAAAUUGCUCUACGAAAUGACUUGGAUCAAGCUGAAGACAAAGCGGAUGUUUUGAAUAAGGAACUGCUCCUAACCAAGCAAAAACUAGUGGAAACUGAAGAGGAGAAGCGAAAACAGGAAGAAGAAACAGCCCAGCUGAAGGAGAUCUUCAGAAAGCAGUUGGAAAAGGCAGAAUGUGAAAUAAAGAAGACAAGUGCAAUUAUUGCAGAAUACAAACAAAUUUGUUCCCAGUUGAGUAGCAGACUAGAAAAACAACAAGUAGCCAGUAAAGAAGAACUUGAAGUUGUAAAGGGUAAGGUGAUGACUUGCAAACAUUGUAGUGAAAUUUUCAGUAAAGAAGGAACACUAAAAGUGCCUGCUGCUAAAGAAAGCUCAGGAGAAGACACAGAUGAUGAGAAAGAUGCCCUCAAGAAACAGCUGCGAGAGAUGGAACUGGACCUGGCACAGACUAAACUACAACUUGUGGAAGCCAAAUGCAAAAUACAGGAGCUGGAACACCAGAGAGGAGCACUUAUGAGUGAAAUUCAAACUGCCAAAAACUCUUGGUUCAGCAAAACUUUGAACUCUAUCAAAACAGCAACAGGUACACAGCCUCUACAGCAGCCUCAACUCUCAUCAUCACCCAAAGAAGGCAGCACAUAGUUCCAGCUGCAUCCCAUGCAAAAGAGCACAAUGGACUAAUCAGCUGAAGCCCCUUCAAGGUUCUUCCAGAGAACUUGUUCAAAGGGGGAGGCAGGGGAACCAGCCUGGAAAUGGAUUCCUUCCGUGUCUUUCAUUUGUUCUAAUGUGGCCCUUUCAGAGGGAAGUUCUAUAAAGAUGCUGUUUCAUGUGGAAUACUCUUUCCCAGCUGCCUUGAUGGAAGCCCCAUCUCAAUUCCUUCAUAUUUUACAUGUCAUUUUGUAUGCCUAGGUGUUAAAACAUGGGUAAUAAUUUAGAACUACUUGUUCCAUACAUUGCUAAAAUUCUUCAUAUUUUUUAAAUCUUUCAAAAGAAUGCUUUCUUAUUGGGAGAAGAGGGAAAGACAGCGAGGUAGAGUAUAUGUCAGAAUGUCACGGUUUGCUGGUAUCUCAGAACAGUUCAGAGGUUUACAGCUGUCACUGCUCCUGGCAAAAAAUGCAGCUGUUACUUCAAGGUUUGAAUCUCAGGCCAUAUUAACAAUAUAACUGGGACCACAGAAAUUCUAAAAACAGAGGGAAGUUACUAAAUAGGAACGUGCAGUAAAAACAUGUUUCUUUUCAUAUGUUGCCUUUAAGAUUUCCAUAACUUACUUAUAUAUUGCCACUUAGAAAAACUGUCUCUCCCCACUAUGAUACUCUUUCCUUUUGCCAGUCUGCAGACUAUGGGUAUAAUCUAGCAAAGGUUUUUAUGAGCAGUGACCUUUGAAAUAAAAUAAAGUAGGUGAAUUUUAAUGGGGGAUUGUACCCUUGGUGCUCUUGCACUACUUCUAUUAAUAUUAAUAGGGUUUGUACAGGAGACAGAAGGUAUUCCUGGUAAAAUGUGUCCAAAAUGCAUAAAGAGAAGCUCAUUUAUGAUUGGUAGGGCAAAUUUUUCAAAUGAUUCCUGUGUCUCUCUGGAAAUCAUACUUGUUUUGUAUCUUUCUAAAGUGCAAAAAAGCAUUUGUUACAUUUUUGAAUUGAACAUAAAAUGUUUAUAGAACUGCUUAUUUCAUUGAGAAUUAAACUAUUAAGCUUAAAUUGAUGGAAAUAUUUUUUUUAAUUAUAUGUAAUAUGCAUAAUACUAUCUUGCAGGUCAACAUCAACCACUGAAUGAAAAUUAGUUGUGUAUUUGGUUUCCAUGCUAUGAAAAAUGUUCUAAGGCCAUUAUUCUAUUCAUUUUAAUUCAGAUUAAUGCAAUAGACUUUUAGUCAGUUCUGUACAAUAAAGUUUAAUUAUGCUG